AUGGUAAGUCGUGAAAAUCUGAUAUUAUUUUGUGAAAUCGAAUAUGAUCACAUAGCUAUGGUUAUGUCAACAUAUUACGUUAUGACAAAUAAUUUAGAUAAUAUUAAUAUGAAUUUUUUACAUGAUUAUUGUCAACAAAUGACUAAACAAUUACUUGAACUUGCUCAAACAUUUGCAAGAAAAUCUCGACGACCAUCAACAAAAUUAACAUGUGAUGAUUUAAUUAAUGCUUUUGAAUGUAUGAAUAUAUUAUAUAAACAAAAAACAGUACAAAUUAAAGAACAUUUUUUAAGUGAUUCUUUUGAUCAAAUGUUUGAAAUUGAAUAUAAGUAG